CCAUACACUUUCCCUCCCGUCUCUUCCCCUUCCACACCGUCCCCUGUUUUGGCGCCAAACCACGAUGUCAUCACAAGCUCUCAACGCCCUCCUUCUCCACUUCCCCAUUUCCAUUACCCAAAGCUUCGAAGCUCUUCUUCUCAGCUUUCUUCUCGUCUCCAUUUUCGCCUUCCUCCUCCACCCCGGCGGCCUCGCCUGGGCCAUUUCCAAGUCCAAAACCACCGCCUCCGCCGCCAUUCCCGGCCCUUCCGGCCUCCCAUUCAUCGGAUUACUCCAUGUCUUCACCCAUUCAACCCCUCACAGAGCUCUCUCCGCCCUUGCCAAUCGAUUCAAAGCAUACCCUUUAAUGGCCUUCUCCGUUGGCCUUACAAGGUUCGUCAUUUCUAGCAAUCCUGAUAUUGCAAAGGAGAUUCUAAACAGCCCAUCCUUUGCUGAUAGACCUGUAAAGGAGUCCGCUUAUGAGCUGCUCUUCCACAGAGCAAUGGGUUUUGCUCCUUAUGGUGAGUAUUGGAGGAAUUUGAGGAGAAUUUCAGCUACUUACAUGUUUAAUCCAAAGAGAAUUGCUGGUUUUGAAGGGUUUAGGAGGGAAAUUGGAGCUAAAAUGAUGAGGGAAAUAGAGAAAUCCAUGGCUUUAAAAGGGGAAGUGAGAGUUAAAGAGAUUCUUCAUUUUGGGUCUUUGAAUAACGUAAUGAUGACUGUUUUUGGUAAGUGUUAUGAGUUUAAUGGUGAAGGAAAUGGGGCAGAGCUUGAGGAAUUAGUAAGGGAAGGGUAUGAUCUUCUUGGGAUAUUCAAUUGGAGUGACCAUUUUCCCUUCUUGGGGUUCUUGGAUUUACAAGGCGUGAGGAAAAGGUGUAGAGUUUUGGCUUCUAAGGUCAAUAUAUUUGUCGGAAAAAUCAUUGAAGAACAUAGAACAAAGAGGAAAGAACAAGAACAAAACAGAGAUUUUGUCGAUGUUCUGCUUGAUUUGGAGAAUGAUGACAAGCUAUCAGAUUCCGACAUGAUUGCUGUUCUUUGGGAAAUGAUCUUUAGAGGGACCGACACAGUGGCGAUACUUCUGGAGUGGAUUUUAGCUCGAAUGGUAAAACACCCAGAAAUCCAAAUGAAAGCCCAAGACGAAAUCGAUUCAUUAAUAGGCAAAAGCUCUCGACCCAUUACAGAUUCCGACAUCCAAAAUCUUCCAUAUCUUCAAGCCAUUGUUAAAGAAUGUCUUAGAAUGCACCCACCAGGGCCACUUCUGUCAUGGGCUCGACUAGCGACCGCCGACGUUCAUGUCGGCGGUCGUGUGAUACCGGCGGGGACGACGGCGAUGGUGAACAUGUGGGCGAUAACCCACAACGAGAGGGUUUGGUUAGAGCCAGAGAAAUUCGAGCCAAAUCGGUUCAUGGAAGAGGAAAUUAGUGUAAUGGGGAGUGAUUUGAGGUUGGCUCCAUUUGGGGCAGGGCGAAGGGUUUGUCCGGGAAAGGCCAUGGGUUUAGCCACCGUGCAGCUCUGGUUGGCUCAGCUGCUUCGAGCUUACAAAUGGGUGGCGUGUUCUGAAGAAGCCGCCACUAAUGGUGGCGUAGAUUUGUCAGAGUGCCUUAAACUCUCUCUGGAAAUGGAAUCUCCUCUGGUUUGUAGAGCCAUUGGGAGGAGGGUUGGUUUGGCAGAGGAAUGAAGAAGAGGAAGAAGACGGCGGCGGCAAGUGGCAGAUGUUGUUAAAAGGGUUGUUUUUUUUUUUUUUGCUCUUUUGGAGCUGUCCCCGGCGGAGACAACCAGUUCGGCGGCGGUGGGGAGCUCACAAAAAGGGUUUUUUUUGGUGUUUUUUUUUUUGGGGUUUGGGGAAGCAUAGAAGUUUCUUUUGUGUUUGGUUUUGUUGUUAGUGGUUAGGGUUUUGUUUUUAGGGUCAGUUUGGAAGGCCACGUGGUUGGUGAUAUGCGUAAUGGAAUCUUAUGCUUUUGUAUAAAGAAAGGAACCCUUUAGCUAUUAUUCUCUCUGUCU